ACACAUUCAUUUCCCAUCCCCCUCAACCCCAAGAACCACCGCACCUCCUCCGCCCCGCUCCCUCCAACCAAACCCCCAUCCCCACCGCUCUCUCCUCCCCGCCGCGAGCUAGAGAUCAGCCGCGGCGCGUGCGAGCCGAGAGAGGAGGGUGCACUGCGGGAUUGGUUGCGCGGUCACCUCCGGCGGUCGCCAUCGGCGCCCUUUUCCGCCCAUCUCUUUUGGCGUCCAACUCCCGGCCCGGCCCCGCCUCUUGCUUUCCCACAUCCCCGCUUCAAUGAUGAUGGGGCGGUGGCGGUGGUGGGUUUGGUCCUGAAGCCCCAUCCGUCCAUCCCCAGGUCCCAAUCCACCAGCUGCUCCUUUCCCCCCCUCCCUCCCUCCCUCCCCGCUUCUCUUUUCAGCUAAGGUUGGACGGACGGCAGGCUCUCUUUCCUUUCCUUGCUGGGGAUUGGGAGGCCUCGAGUCGAAGCCACCUCCCCCGUCCACAUCCCCGCGCCUGCCUCCCUCCCUCUGCAAUUGGCUCGAUUUGGGCGGUUUUCUUGGUCUCUUGGUUGGAGUCUAGGGCCAGCGCCACCACCAACCUGCGCGUCUCGUGUGAAAUUCGUGUUCUUGGCUCUGCUUCUGCUGGGUUGAGUUCUUGGUUUGCUUCCGGCGAAUUGGUUGCCUUCGAGUGAGGGAGGGGAUUUUUCUGGAGGUUGUUGUCCUCAUGAGGACGGACGUGAGGAGGGGCGCGGCGGCGACGGGGAUGGACCAGUUCCCUGUCGGCAUGCGGGUCCUCGCCGUGGACGACGACCCGGUCUGCCUCAAGGUGCUCGAGACCCUCCUGCGGCGCUGCCAGUAUCACGUGACGGCGACGAAUCAGGCUGUUAUCGCGCUGAGGAUGCUGCGGGAAAACAGGGACAUGUUUGAUCUGGUUAUCAGUGAUGUGCACAUGCCAGACAUGGAUGGCUUUAAGCUUCUUGAGCUUGUGGGGCUUGAAAUGGACCUCCCUGUCAUCAUGUUAUCUGUGAAUGGAGAGACAAAAACUGUAAUGAAGGGGAUAACCCAUGGUGCCUGCGACUAUCUCCUAAAACCUGUUCGCAUUGAAGAGCUUAGGAACAUCUGGCAGCAUGUUGUUAGGAGGAAAUUCAGUACUCGUGACUCUGUUAAUCUUGAUACCUAUGAAGAGUGCAAUAAGCCACCAAGUGCGGACUCUGACUAUGUGUUCGGCCAAGUUACAUGUGGGUCACCCGACCAAAGUGGGAGGCCCAGCAAGAAGAGGAAGGAAUACCAUAGUGAGGAGGAAGAUGAAGACGAGGAUAGCAGUGGCCAAGACAAUGAUGACCCUUCGGCCCCAAAGAGGCCAAGAGUUGUUUGGUCAGUUGAACUGCAUAGAAAAUUUGUUGCUGCAGUCAACCAUCUUGGAAUUGACAAAGCUGUGCCAAAAAGGAUACUCGAGCUUAUGAAUGUUGAGAAACUCACUAGGGAAAAUGUUGCAAGUCACCUACAGAAAUAUAGGCUUUAUCUCCGACGGUUAAGUGCUGUGGCAUCACAACAAGCUGGCAUCGUUGCUGCCUUGGGAGGCAGAGACCCCUUUCUGCGCAUGGAUGCAUUCGAAGGACUCCAGGGUUAUCAAGCUUUCACCUCUCCCGCAGCGCUAUCAACUUUCAGUGCACAUGGAUUGCUAAAUAGUCCUAGAAACAACCAAACAGCGGUUGUGAUUCAGGGGGUGGCCACUUCCAGGUCAAUUCCGACUGGAAGUAGCAGUUGCACAACAAAUCCUUUGAUUGGUGAUGCAGCUAAGUAUCAUCUUAGCCUACCAGGAAACCAGCAUGGGAACUUGGGACAAGGUUUGGCGACAUCUCUUGGGCAAGCCCAAUUACAACAAAAGUGGAUGAAUGAGGGCAGCGGUGAUCUGUCCACCAUCCUUUCUGGGAAUAGCCGGGCUAAUGGCAUGCCUCGCAUGCUCCCAAGUGUCACAAGCAGUCCAUUACUGCCUCCAGAUCUUGUGGAGUGCACACAGGCCAAAGUAGCCAUCCAGCCAUCAGUUCGAGCUCCCUCUGCAAGUGUAGAACUUCUCGAAGGUGCCAUUGGAGCCUCUUCUGGUCCAUUGGAGUCUCGUGUAUCCCAGCAGAGCGCUCUUCCUUCAUCUGGAUUUUCUGCAAACAUGUUGCCUGUGCAUGGUUCAUUCAACAAUAAUGGUGCUUCAUUCAGCAGCAAUGGUGCAACCAGAUUGGGUGAUGCAUUCUCAGCAAGUUUUCGUCCAACAAAUGACCUCACGGUCGCAAGAGGUACCAAAGUGGGAGCUGGCUCCUUUGGUGGCACGAUACAUUUGUCUCCAGAUACCGAGCAGAAGUACUUGAGCUUUGGAAGUUCAGAUAGUCUACUUGAUCCGAAGCUUGUAUGGAGUUCCUCUCAGCUGCCAAGCAAUAUUGGUGCUCAUUAUCAUUCCAUGAGCCAAAGGUCGAAUAAUUGCAGCAUUGACAGCAGCCAUGGUGGCAGAAUGUUUGGACAGACAAGUGCGAGCGCCUCGACAGCUGCUCCACAAACUAAGUUUGACAUCCUCUUCUCAGGAGACACUUCGAUGGCAAGGAAUGCGUCUGAAUCAGGCCCUCAAAGGCUGCAGAGCGAGCUCAGCUCCAGCACCUGCAGCUUCGACGGUCUUCUCAAUUCCAUGAUCAAAGUGGAGAAGGACGACGCUGCCUUCGGCGACGAUCUGGGGUGCGACUUCUACUCGCUCGGGGCUUGCAUAUGACAAGAGGCCGCCACCCGUGUAUCCACGUCACUCUGCAUCCUGUGUAUACGCAUGUUCCCCCGACCUUUUGUGUAUGGUAUGCCGUGUAGUGUAGCUAGUGUUGCUGAUCUUUAGUAUGCCUAGUGCUGGGCUGUAUGUGUAUGUAUUGUAGUAGCAGUAGCAGCUGUUGGAGAAACAAGCAGGAUGAUGGGUUGAUUGCUAACCUGAGCAGCUAGAGACGCUGGUGGUUUGAUUGUAAGCUUUAUACAGGUGAGUAAUCUAUGAUGGGCCUCGACCUGGAAUUUGUA